CAGCGUGAAGGUCAUUAACGUAAAGAUGGUUGGCUGCCCCGCCCGGGCCCAGGCGGGGGCUCAGCCUCCUUUCCGUGAGCGCCCGAGGCACAGUCAGCGUGACGGACGGCUUCGCGUGAGCGCCUGUCUGCCUCGCCGCGCGGGAAGCUGAUGACAGGACCACAAUUGCUUCCAGCUGAGGGCUGCUCCCGGGAGGGACGGGCGGCCGUCCCCGUGGCGCUGCCACGCCCAGGGUGCUUUCGCGUGCCGCUCCCCCAGACGGCUCCGCGCUGCGGAUAAUGCGCCUCUUCCCAGCAGCGUGGAGGCGCCCUCGUGGGACUGGGCUGGGCUUAAAAGCAGAGGCGUCCCGGCCGGCCGGCCAGCCCACGGACAGGCAGCGUCUCUCGCGUGUGACUCCAGGUCUGGCGGCGCUGGGGACCCAGGGCUCCUUCGGGGCCGGUCCUCUGACCUGCAGGACGGCUCAGGCAGAGCGAGGCUAGCUGAACGGACACGGGAGCAGCUGACGGACCGAGGACAGGCCGCCCUCGCCGCCGACGCAGGGCCAUGUGGGCCUGGGCGCUGUGGGUGCUCCCGCUGCUCUGCCCCGGCGGCCGGGCAGCCCCGCCGGCCAAGCCCGAGAACGUCUCCUGCGUCUUCUACUAUCGGACGAACUUCACCUGCACCUGGAGCCCCGACCCGGCGGCCGGCCACACGCAGUACUGGGUCCGGAGGACGUACGUCUCUUUCGGAAAGAAAAACGACACUUGUCACCCUGCAAGCGAGACUCCCACGUCCUGCUCCUUCUUUCCCCCGAUAACCCUCCCGGACGUUUACACCAUCCAAGUGGAGGCUCAGAACGCGGACGGGACCGCGGCGUCGGACGUGACACGCUGGUCCUUAGCUGCCGUAGCAAAAAUGGAAGCACCAGUGAUUUCCAGUGUGACACCAGUUGUGGCUGUCAAACGGAUGCUUCAGAUACAAUGGGUCAAGCCUAAGCUGGCCCCAGCCUCGUCCCCGUUAAAAUGCCGGCUUCGGUUCAGGAUGGCGAACAGCACCCACUGGAUGCAAGUCAGCUUCAAAGUGGAGGCCGAGAGAAACACCCACACCUCCAACCUCACGGGGCUGCAGGCCCUCACGGAGUACGAGGUGGCGCUGAGCUGUGCGGUCCAGCAGUCCCCCUUCUGGAGCGCCUGGAGCCCAGUGCACAGAGGAACCACCGAGGAAGUUCCCCUGGGCCUGGACCUGUGGAGGGUGCUGGGACCGGCUCAGGAGGACGGGAGCCGCCCAGUGAGGCUGCUGUGGAAGGUUCCCCGCGCUCAGAGGGCCCUGGAGCGAGCGCUCAGCUACCAGGUCUGGUUCUUCCCGGAAAACACCACCAACCUCACCGAGACCGUGACCACCAGCCGCCCGCAGCUGGCGCUGACGCUGGGCGCCCAGGCCUACCGGGUGUGGGUGGUGGCCGCCAACUCGCUGGGCCAGAGCCCGCCCGCCUCCCUGCGGGUCCCGGCCGCCACCGAGGAGGCGUUCCGGGGCGUCCAGGCCGUGCAGGCCGGCCUCUCGCAGGCCGGGCUGGCGGUGGCGUGGCAGAGCUCCGCGCCGCACGUGGACGCGUGGAUGGUGGAGUGGCUCCCGGACGUGGACGCCGAGCCCCCCGCCCCGUCCUGGGAGGCGGUGACCGGGGCCAGGAACUGGACGAUCCGGCAAGAUGAGCUAGCGCCCCUCCAGUGCUACAACAUCUCAGUGUACCCACUGUGGCAAGACCGCGUGGGCCAGCCGUGUUCCGUCCAGGCCUACGCCAGGGAAGGCGUCCCGGCAGCAGGCCCCGUGCCCAGGGCGGAGGGCAUCGGCGUGACAACCGUCUCCAUCGUGUGGGAGGAGGUUCCCAAGCACCAGCGACACGGCUUCAUCUGCAGCUACACCGUGUUCUACCAGGCCGAGGGCAGCGCGGUGCUGGCCAAGACGGUCGGCGCCCGCACCCUGGGGUGCCGCCUGGAGUCCCUGAGGCGCAAGACCUCCUACUCCGUCUGGGUCAUGGCCAGCACCAGCGCCGGCGGCUUCAACGGCACCAGGAUCGCCUUCCAGACGCUGUCCGUCAGUGUCCUGGAGGUCUGCCUGGUGGCCGCGCUGGGCGGGGGCGGGCUGCUGCUGCUCAGCGCCCUGGCCGCGGCCUGCGGCCUCCGGAAGCCCAAGCUGAAGCACCUGUGCUGGCCGGACGUCCCCAACCCUGCCCGGAGCAGCUUGGCCGCGUGGGGAGGCGGGAGCCUCAAGGGUAAGCCGAGCCCGAAGGAGGUGGACGAUGCCCUGAGCACAGAGGACAGCGCUCUCAAGCCCAGUGACCUCAUUGACAAGUUGGCGGUGAACUUCGAGAAUUUCCAGGAAGAGGUUUCCGCAGAGGAAGAGGGAAAGGGCCAGGAAAGCAUGCUGGGAGGGGACACGAAUGAGUACGUGACCUCCCCCUUCAGGCCUUACUGUAUCCUGAAGCCGUUCACUGAGGCCGAGGCCCCGCCCACUGUAGCUGAGGCCCCGCCCACUGCGGCUGAAGCCCCACCCACUGUAUCUGAAGUCACUCCCAUUGCAGCCGAGGCCCCGCCCAUGGCAGCCGAGGCUCCUCCCACUUCACCCAAGGCUCCGCCCACUGUGGCCGAGGCUCCGCCCAGAGAGCCCCGGCGCCUGCGCUCUGGCAGCCGGGAGGGCACCAGCCCGGAAGCUGAGGAGCAGCUUGUCCCUUCUGCCCGGCGCCCAGGGCCCGCCAGCGCCUGCCGGGAGGGGGCGCCCACCCUGUACCUGAAAAACUCGGUGACCACCAGGGAGUUCCUCGUGUCUGCGGAGCUUCCCGACCAAACCAAGAGGGCCACCUAGAGGCCGCCGGCGGCCCCUCUGCGGGGGCGGCCUGCAGAGGCGCCUCCCCGCCGGGCGUCUGCGCCCAUCGGCUGUCAGGAGGCUCCCCUGCCUCUGGGGCGUCUGCGCCCAUCGGCUGUCAGGAGGCUCCCCUGCCUUUGGGGCGUCUGCGCCCAUCGGCUGUCAGGAGGCUCCCCUGCCUCUGGGGCGUCUGCGCCCAUCGGCUGUCAGGAGGCUCCCCUGCCUCUGGGGCGUCUGCGCCCAUCGGCUGUCAGGAGGCUCCCCUGCCUUUGGGGCGUCUGCGCCCAUCGGCUGUCAGGGGCCCAGCCUGGGGCCUCGCCUCAACGUCCGGGCACACUUCCGUGGCCUCUCCUCGGCGUCCGGACACACUUCCGUGGCCUCUCCUCGGCGUCCGGACACACUUCCGUGGCCUCUCCUCGGCGUCCGGGCACACUUCCGUGGCCUCGCCUCAGUGUCCGGACACACACACUUCCGUGGCCUCGCCUCAGUGUCCGGACACACACACUUCCGUGGCCAGGCCGUGGUCUCAGUGGCACCUGGGCGGGCGGCUGGGAGGGGGC